CUUGAGAGAAAGAAAAGCAGAAUGCGUGCAAAGUCCUUCGAAAUAUGAAUCGGGUGACUUGACCAGACUUGUUAUUAGAGUCUGUCUGUUUUUAUGUUUUCUCUGCAUAAUGUGGGAGGAUGAAGUGGUGAUUUGACUACAAUAUGUCAAGCAGUAUCUGUCGUAGACAGUAACGUUACGUGAUUUCGGGGGUUGUUGUAUUAUUUCACUCUGGUAGAGCGGUUUGGACAGUUCGCGCAUGCGCGUCACCGCGAUUCCGAUGAACUGGAGUAAGGUGGGUGUCGGGGGGUCGACCACAGACUCCCUCAUCCGUGGCUGCGGAGAGUUUCAGCGCAUCAACAAGAAAAGAAAACUUCAAUACUAUGUAUUUUAAAAGCUGAAACGCGGGUUCGCACCGAUUCGAUGAUUUCGGAAGCUCGCGCAGGACCUUUUUCUUCCUGACAGGAAUCUGAGCGCGCGGCGGGCGCGAGCGCUCUGUCUUUGGACGCAGUGAAAUGAAUCAAAUUCUAUUGUGAUGUAAAAAUGAAGUCGGAAGCGAGCAAGGGCUGACAAACGGAGUUUAAAAGUGAGACCACUGCCCGGAAAAGUGGUACAUGAAAUCAGAUUUGACUGCUUAUUUGCGAAUGUAAAUUAUUUUGAAAGGCUGGAAAAGUUGUGGUGUCGUUCAAUCUGACCGGCAGGUAACGUAACGUAAGGGAUGUAAGUUAACAUCAGGACUAAGAAGCAAGAAUAAGGAUUGUUAAAUUAUCCCGAAUGAAGUAAUUCGAGGAAAUGACCCAUCAUAUCAUUGGACGGAGAUUAUUGGUUGACUGAGUUACUAAGCGGCGACCUCGUCCAUUCUUUUCCCGCUACAUUCCAGCGAUGGAUACUAGUUUUCCAGGCAGCAACAGUGCCGUGAUCCAAAAGGGAAAGUUCGUGUUCGUCGAGGCUCAGUUGCAGGGUGGAGCGCCCUGGGGUUUCACGCUCAAAGGUGGGCUUGAACACGACGAGCCGUUAAUCAUAUCGAAGGUAGAGGAGGGCGGGAAGGCGUCUCUGUUGCAGCACCCCCUGCAGGCGGGAGACGAGGUGGUCAUCAUUAAUGAGUUGGAGUUGAGCGGAUGGAGGCAGGAGGCCAUAUCUCUCGUUAAAGGAUCGUACAAAACGCUGCGGCUCACGGUGCGAAGAGAGUGUUGUCCAGGUCCUCUCAGUCCUUCCAGAGACAGCAGAUGCAGCGGAGGAGUCAAACUACGCAUCAGAAACAGACGGAGUGAGCCUGGAUCUCGCCCUCAUUCCUGGCAUUCUACGAAGCUGGGUGACGUCCCUCAGGACUCAGAAAGCAUGAUGCAAGUCACCCAGGGUGGUGUGGGAGCCCCCUGGCACCAGAGCUACCACUCCAGGUCAGUGCAUCUGCAGUCUAGUGCCUUUGUUUAA